AUGUCAACAUCAAUCGAACAAAAGCUGGACGUUCUGCGGAACUACUCUGCAUGUGAUGUAUCAGAUGCGCUACUCAAGCUACAAAAACUUCCCGAGGGAACCACAGCUCGUGCUGGCCAUAUAGCUGAUUUCGUCCCCUUCUCACCAACCAUCGGUCGUAACGAAAACACCCCCAAAGUUAUUGCCCCGGCGUCAACAUUCAAGUUCGUCCCCAAAUCAGAUCCCGUCCCGUCCACCGAGUCGGUAGAGACCCAUGGUUUCCCCGCGGGGACGCACUGGGUCGACUUUGCAGAGCCCGGGACCGUGGCUGUGAUUGAGCAGCCUGAGGGGCAGCACUGCGCCGUCCUGGGUGGGAUUAUGGCGGUCCGGAUGAAGUAUCUCGGAGUCAAAGGGGCCUUAGUGAACGGGCGCGUGCGAGAUCUAAGUGAGAUUAGGGAGUGUCAGCUUCCGGUUUGGGCUCGUGCUACUUCUACGGUUGGAACCGCCGCGGAGGCUAAACCGGGGGCUCGGAAUGUGCCUGUUUCCCUUGGUGGUGUGACGGUGUCUCCGGGUGAUAUUAUUUUCUGUGAUCCGCUGGAAGGCGUGGUUGCUAUUCCGCGCGAGCUUCUUGAUCAAGUGCUCGAUCUGAUGCCUAAAUUGGUUGCCAUGGAUGAUAAAGUCAAGGAGGCUGUGCUUCAGGGGUCGAAUGUCUUUGAUGCCUUCAAGAAGUUCAGAACUAAAAUUUAG